AUGAAUGCAUUGUUUGGCUUUUAUAAAAACUAUAGUCGCAUUGAAGAAAGCGCUCUGCCUAGAACUCAGUUUCAGAGGCCAUUGCCCGAAGACUACGCCAUGCGAGGACUUACAUGGGCGGACAGAGUGUCCCCUAAUACUUUCUUCUCGAACGAGAAGAUCGACGAUGACGAGAAGUACGUUGAGUUUCCUUUCACGGCUGAGGAGCGCAAGGCGCGCGUAUUGUGGCUGGGACACAAGAUUGCCAGUUCGAGCAAAUGGCUACGGUAUAACUCGUCGAUUCAUGAGUUCAGCGUUGAUGACGACGAGGGUGACGAGGGUGACGAGGGGGGGCAGGGAGGAGCGGUGGAAAAGGAGCGGUGGAGGGGAAAAGGGAGUUGGGAGGAAGGAUAA